AUGGCAUCAGCAGGUGUUAGUAAGACGAAUUGGGUUCGCAAAAUAUUUCAACGAAUGCUUGAUGGUGGAUUUGAUGGAUUACUUAUGAAAGAUAUGGCAAUAACAAAUGCAACGGAUGGUAAGGUCAGCGCUGAAAUACUUAUUCAAGCACAUCACAUGAAUCGUCUAAAAACAGCUCACGGAGGAAUGAUAGCAUCUUUAGUUGAUGUUUGUGGAUCACUAGCUGUAGCAUCUAAGGGAAUGCACCUUACAGGAGUUAGUACGGAUAUAAAUGUUUCAUAUAUCGGAUCGGUGGGAAAAGGAGAUACUUUACUUGUGCUUGGUAAAACACUUGCAUUUACCGUUGUAGAAAUGCAUAAUAAAAAUGAUGGAAAAUUAGUAGCUCAAGGUAGACACACUAAAUUCGUUGCUAUUGCUCAUACUGACCCUGAAAAUGAGUUUAAGAUUGAAAAUGCAAAGAUGAUAAAAAUAGAGCUAUUCUCUUUGGUACCACGUGAACGAAUAGAAGACUUUUUAAGCCCUGCAGGUAUAUUAGGCAUGUUAGGCACAUUAUCACAGAUUUAUACUUCAAAGAUUUCCAAAGAGGAUUAUGUUACCUGA